GUGUCUCUUACAGUGACGGUGCCCUAUAAAAGGAGUGAGAGGAAUAGAGGAGGAGAGAUCGGGGACCAGAACACGAUAGUAGUCUGUGUGUAUGAGUGUGUGUGUGUGUCCCCAACAGACAGAGUUGUGCUGAAAAGCAAAAUUAAAGAACACUCACAAGCAAAUAACAGCCUGCUGUACUUCUGUGCUCCACCCACAUCUGGAACGUUUCUACAGGCAGUUCGAUUGGAACAUCAUGUGGGCAUGGGUGCUACUUCCUGUUAUCCUGGCACUGUUUGGUACUAUAGGCAUUUGGACUGUGUUUGCUUUAGCUGUGUCGAAUGAGACAGUGAAUCUGACAAUCGAGUUCCCAUACAUCAGCACAUGUGGCACCUAUAAUCCACAGAGCUGUCUCUUCUCCCAGAUAUGCAACAUCUGCUCUGUGCUAGCUCUGUGGAUUGUAAUUAUAAGAUUCCAGCAGGUUAGGGAUUUGAAUUGUGCAUCACGUGUGAACACAGCCAGUCUGGUCCUGGGAUUCAUUUCAUCAAUUGGAAUCUCCAUCCUGGGAAACUUCCAGCAAUCAGUGGUGAAGGGUGCUCAUUUGUUGGGCGCGUUCCUGGCAUUUUUUGUGGGUCUGGCAUACUUCUGGCUUCAGGUGUGGCUCACUUACUACACAAAACCAUCAUGUGAGCAGAAGUGGGUGGGGCCUGCACGAAUUACUUUCUGCAGUCUUUGCACUUGCUUGGUUCUUGCCAUGUCUGUGCUCCAUAAUACAGGCUACCGAUCUGCAUCAGCCAUAUGUGAGUGGGCCUUGGUCAUGUGCUUCUUCAUGCUUUUCGCUGUUUUCUCUGCAGAAUUUUACCACAUUGACUGCCAUGAACUACACGUGCAGAACGAGGGGCUCAGCAAAAUUAGCCUUGCGUUUCCAACACAGCAAAGUAACGUGGUGGCACCAACAGGAUAAUUAACCAACACACGCACCUGUUGCCAAGUGAGAGUUUGACCUGCAGUAUUGAUGUAAAGAUGUAUAAUACUGUAUUGUAUGGGU